UACAAUACAAGGUAAAACAAAUCGGCAGUGCUACAACAGUGCUUGCCUUCUGUUUCAAGGCUCUUCUGGUUGGUACUAGUACUUGGUUGCGGGAAACCGCCACUGCUGAGCAGACCAGUUUCCUCAGCAUUUCCUGCUCUCAGCUAUCUUCUUCUCCCAGAAGAUGGGGCGUGGGAAGGUGGUGGUGAAGAGGAUCGAGAACAAGGUGAACCGGCAGGUGACCUUCAGCAAGCGUCGCGGUGGGCUGCUGAAGAAGGCGCACGAGCUUGCCGUGCUCUGCGACGCGCACGUCGGCGUCAUCGUCUUCUCCGCCCGUGGCAAGCUCUUCGAAUACUGCAGCCCACUUACCAGGCAUGUUCCUUCAGUUUAUUCACCGCAUAGCACGUUCAUCGCGAUUCUUGAAUCUGCAUUUUCUUCAAUAAAUUUUGGUAUUAAGCUUGCCAAAUGGAUGGCACUAGCCGCGUAGAACGUUCUCUAAAGUUAUCUAAUGAUGUCUAAAUUCAUCCCUAUUCUAAUCAUGUGGCAUCUUUCGAUUAGGAUUCAUGGUCAGAAUCAGAUGCACUUAGCUAUAGACGUUUCCUGAGCUCAGCCUGAAAAGUUCAACAAGUACUCUGUACUCCGGCAUUCCACUUGCAGCUGCAUAUUCAU